AUGGAUGUCAAGAAAAAGUACGAGAUCGAGGCCGCCCUCGCCACCGAGGCGCAGGCCAUCUCGUCGGGCCAGCUCAAGGAAGAGAAUCCUCUCGACCUGAGCGACGACUUUAGACUCUUUUGCGAGGCAUGCCGCCGUGGAGACCUCAAGGUCUGCCAGGAGAUGAUUUCCACUGGAGUCAACAUCAAUGCCAGAGAUAAGUUUGACUACACGCCCCUCAUCUUGGCCAGUCUGUGUGGCCACUACGAAGUCAUACGCCUCCUGCUUGAGAACGGCGCCCUGUGCGAGCGCGAUACCUUCCAAGGCGAACGAUGUCUCUACAACGCACUCAAUGACCGCAUAAGAAACCUCCUCCUAUCCUAUGACUAUGCAAAGUCGUCGAAUCCCCUGCAGCCCCUCGCCGCACACAUCACCUCCCUCCUUACGAGAACCGAGCCCAAGACGACCGACAUUACAAUCACCGCCUACGGCCAAGAAUUUCACCUGCACAAGUUUCUCCUCGCUGCGCGAUCUCCAUAUUUUGCAAAGAAGCUCGAGGCAGCGCCCAACACAUCUGCGUGGAAACUGCCAGAUACCAUCCCAGCAGAGUCGCUUGGUGUGGCGCUGCAGUACCUUUACUUUCAAGAGGUCUCGAUUAGACGAGCGCUAUUUGGACUUGACGACGAAAAAGAGCGUGUGGUAUUGAGCGGUAUCGAUAAGAUCGGCAAGCAUCUAGAAAUAGAACGCUUGUUUGAAGACAUCACCGAAGUCUCAGAUCGACGGUUGUUGCGCCAACGGCGCGCAGACGAACUAGAACGGGGUCGGGACCAAUUGGAAUCUUGGUUCAAAACAAACGUUCUCCGGCACAAGAAGGUCGUGGAUACCGACAAGGUGGAUAGCAUACGAUGGGAUCGCCAAAACUCAAUCUUUGCCGAUAUUCUGCUGCGUGCCGACGAAGAUGAAGAGGAUAAUGAAACAGGCCAGCCACUGGGGCCGUCAGAGUCGUCCACUCCGCCUGUCCGGACCGCUUCUGGACCCCUCUCAGGUAUACCAGUUGGUCCAGGUCGAGCACGCUCACCAUCGCGACAGCGAGCGCCGCGCAAAUCGACCGUCUUUCCUGCACAUCGGGCCAUGCUACUGCGCUCGGAGUAUUUCCUGACAAUGUUCAGUUCCCAAUUCAAGGAAGCGCAAGACACACCCCACUUGCAGGUUGUAACCAUUGACUGCUCGCCAGCGGUUCUUGAGACCAUUUUGAGGUUUUUGUACACUGAGCGUGCAGAUUUUGGCCUUGACAUUGCUAUUGAUGUGCUAUUUGCAGCAGAUCAGCUCUUUAUCGAGAAACUCAAGCAGCGCGCAGCCAUUAUUAUUUCUGCUCUGGGCAAUGGUGCCACCUCGGCGGUAGAGUCUGAUAAUCCCCGCGGCGCUACCGAUGCCGAUGAGGCUGUUGACAUCUACGAAGUCAUUCGCGCAGGUUGGGAUACCCGUGUACAACGUCUGGAAGAGUUUGCAGCCAGAUACAUUGCCUACCGCCUCGAGUAUUACAUUGAUCAGCCUGAAUUUGCCGAGCUUGUUCAAGAAUCUGCGAAACGCGUCAAAGCCCGACAGGAAACAGAUACCGUUGAACUUGUUGAUGAUAUACGGUACUAUCUCUCGGAACGUUUCAGGCUUCGCUUUGAAGACAGUGGUCUGGACGAAAUGAUGGAUGAGAAUGCGGCAAUCAGGGCAACAACUGAAGGAGAUAUUGUAGAUGCAGUUGGCGAUCUUGCUUUGGAAGAUGAUGGGCCAGAGAAGACACAAAACGACGAGAAGAUUGCAUCGGUAGAGCAGCAGGUUGCCACUGGUGUCAUUAGGAAUCUAGACGGCGAGGAGGUGGGUGAUGAAUUUGCGCAGGAUGCAAUGAACUACCAGAUUUUGCUGGGCAAGAUAGAUACUCUGCUAGAAAGGCUCAACCUGGAUGCUUAG